GGUGACACUGGAGUGGGUGCACCAUUGGGGUCCCCAAGUGCCCAGCGUCCCCUCUCCAUCCCUGGACUUGUGGCCCUUGGGAUGGCACUGGGUUGGGUGCACAAAUAGGGUCCCCAAGUGCCCGGUGUCCCCUCUCCAUUGCUGGGCAUGUGGCCCUCAGGGUGGCACUGGGAUGGGCGCACCAAUGGGGUCCCCAAGUGUCCCCUCCCACCCUUGGGCACUUGGCCCUUGGGGUGGCACUGGGAUGGGCACACAAACAGGGUCCCCAAGUGCCCAGUGUCCCCUCUCCAUUGCUGGGCAUGUGGCCCUCAGGAUGGCACUGGGUUGGGCACACCAGUGGAGUCCCCCAGUGUCCCCUCCCCACCCUUGGGCACUUGGCCCUUGGGGUGACACUGGAAUGGACACAACAUUGGGGUCCCCCGGUGCCCAGUGUCCCUUUUCCACUCUUGGGCACUUGGUCCAUGGGGUGGCACAGGGAUGGGCGCACAAACAGGGUCCCCAAGUGCCCAGCGUCCCCUCUCCCCCCCCCGAGCACUUGGCCCAUGGGGUGGCACUGGGAUGGGCGCACCGAUGGGGUCCCCCAGUGCCCAGCACCCCGUCCCCAUCGCUGGGCGCGCGGUCCCCGGGGUGGGUGUGCGUCCCCGGGCCGCGGUCCCCGCUGACGCCGUGCGCUCUCCCCGCAGCCAUGCCCUGCAUCCAGGCGCAAUAUGGCGCGGCCACCAGCGGCCCCUGCGAGCGCUGCCCCACCGAACUGCUGAGCCCGGAGGGCGGCCGAUACCCCAUGGAGGUGCCCGGCGCCGACCCCACGGCCGCUCCAGCUCUGCCCAGUUUCAGCACCUUCAUGGAGAGCUACGCCGGGGAGCUGGACGCCUUCCUGUGCCAGCUGCCGAGCAGCGGGCAGCACGCGGCCUUCAGGCUGGAGGAGCUGCAGGUGUACGGCUGCUACCCCGCGGCCUUCGGGCAGCACGAGGAGACCCUCUCCUCCUCCUCCUCCUCCUCUUCCUCUUCCUCCUCCUCCUCCGGCGGGUCGGACUGUUACGGCAGCCCCUGCUCCAUCCCAUCGCCGAACUUCUCCACUCCCCAAGCUCCGGGCUGGGACGGCUCCUUCGGAUCCUAUUCGCCCAAUUACGACGGCGGGCGGCCGUGGGGCGAGGCGGCCAAGAGCGGCAGCGCGCAGCCCCCCCCCUUCUUCUUCGCGCCCCCCAACCCCGUCGGUUCCCCCAAGGACCCCCGCCUGUUGGACGCGGACCCCUUCGCUCUGCCCCACGGACCCGCGGGGGCUUUCCCCGGGUUACCCCUCGCCCCAGCGUCGCCGUUGCUGGAGGGGCCCCCGCUGCCCCCCGCCCCCAAAACGCGCGGCCCCGGAGCGGGUGAGGGACGCUGCGCCGUCUGCGGGGACAACGCGUCGUGUCAGCACUACGGGGUGCGCACCUGCGAGGGCUGCAAGGGCUUCUUCAAGCGCACGGUGCAGAAGAACGCCAAGUACAUCUGCCUGGCCAACAAGGACUGCCCCGUGGACAAGAGGCGGAGGAACCGCUGCCAGUUCUGCCGCUUCCAGAAGUGCUUGGCCGUGGGCAUGGUCAAAGAAGUGGUGCGGACCGACAGCCUGAAGGGUCGCCGCGGGCGCCUGCCCUCCAAACCCAAGCAGCCGCCGGACGCGUCACCCAUCAGCCUCAUCACCUCGCUGGUGCGGGCGCACAUCGACUCUGUCCCCAGUGCCACCAAGCUGGACUACUCCAAGUUCCAGGAAUCGCAUGGGGUGACACGCCGCUGUCCCCGCAGCUCCAAGCCGGAGGAAGGGAAGCUCAUCUUCUGCAACGGCGUGGUGCUGCACCGGCUGCAGUGCGUGCGGGGCUUCGGCGAGUGGAUCGACGCCAUCCUGGAGUUCUCGCACAGCCUGCACCGCAUGAGCGUCGACGUGCCGUCCUUCUCCUGCCUCGCCGCCCUCGUCAUCAUCACGGACCGCCACGGGUUGAAGGAACCCAAGAGGGUGGAGGAGCUGCAGAACCGCAUCGUGGGCUGCCUGAAGGACCACGUGGCCGCGGGCGAACCGGGCCGGCCGGGCUGCCUGUCCAAGCUGCUGGGCAAGCUGCCCGAGCUGCGCACGCUCUGCACUCAGGGGCUGCAGCGCAUCUUCUACCUGAAGCUCGAGGACCUGGUGCCGCCGCCGCCCAUCGUCGAUAAGAUCUUCAUGGACACGCUGCCCUUCUGAGGGGACGCGGGGACGCCCGGGUCGCACCCCCCCCCGGGGACGCCCGGGUGCCCCAUGGGGACGGUGCCAGCCCCCGGGGUCAAUCUCCAUUGGGGACAAUGCCGGCCUUUGGGGUCGCGCCCCACUGGGGACGCCCAGGGUCGUAUGCCAUGGGGACACCUGGGUACCCCUUGGGACAAUAGCAGCCCCAGGGGUCACACCCUAUGGGGACACCCGGGUACCCCAUGGGGACGGUGCCAGCCCCCAGAGUCAUUCCCCAUAGAGGACAAUGCCGGCCCUCGGGGUCACAGCCCAUUGGCGACACCUGGGUACCCCUUGGGGACACCCGGGUAUCCCAUGGGGACGGUGCCAGUCCCUGGGGUCACUCCCCACUGGGGACACCUGGGUACCCACUGGGGACACCCAGGUACCUCAUGGGGACAGAGUCACUUCCCAUAGAGGACGAUGCCAGCCCUUGGGAUCUCACCCCACUGGGGACACCUGGGUACCCCAUGGGGACGGUGCCAGCCCCCAGAGUCACUUCCCAUAGAGGACAAUGCUAGCCCUUGGGGUCACA